CGACUUGGUAAAGCAAAGCGUAGAGACUAAACAUGGCUGGCAAACAACUAUUGGCCUUGAUCGGCUUCGUGAUGCUGGGGCAAGCCUUGGCCAUCAAUCAGGUGCAGGAGAAUAACUACAAUGUGACCGCCGUUUGUACCACCGUGAAGACGGGCACAGCACUGGGCAGCAUCGAUUCCUGUGACUACUACUACGUCUGCACACCCAACGGUCCCACCAAGAGCAUGUGCAGUCCCGACUCUCAGUUCUCCGUUGCGGCGGGCCAGUGCGUCCAGGGCUACAACUGCAUGGCCUCCGACAAUGUGAAUCCAUGCAGCGGCGGCACAGGCACCACCGAAAUGUGGGUCGGUGUGCCCACCAAUUGUCACGAGUACACUUAUUGUGUGGGCAACAAGCCCAGCGGCAACGGAUAUUGCUCCAAUGGCGCGGUCUUUAUACAGUCAAUGCAAAGAUGCGACUGGGGUCCAUGCAAUGAGGUGCCACCAGAAAUGGAUAACGGUGGUGUGCUCACCAAUCUGUGCCAAGUGGUGCCGCCCAACUUUUACUUUGGCGAUAUUGGUGACUGCCAAACUUGGCACUACUGCGGAGCCAACGGACAAUUGUACACCAGUAAUUGCCAGACGAGCGCAUUCAUUGUGUCGACCGGCCAAUGUGGUUACUCCAACAAUGGCGAGUGCUCCAGAAUCGAUCCCAAUCUGCCACCAUCAUCUUGCUCAGUCACUGGCGAUGUGAUUCCCAACAAUGCUGUCUGCGGCUCCUACUACUACUGCUCGAACGGCGUCUAUAGCCCGGUCAACUGCAACGUUGGCUACUACUUUGAUGUGAACACAAAGUCGUGCGUUAUUCGCCAGAAGGCCACACCCGCCGCUGGCUGCAAUCGCUGUCAAUACUUCAAGCAAAGCUUCGCCAAUGCUGUGGACACCACAUCUUGCCAGGGCUGGUAUUACUGUAACAAUGGUCAGGCUAGUGCUGAGCAGUUCUGCGGCGUUGGCACAUUCUUCAAUGAGAAUGAACAGGGCUGUGCAGGCACUGGCGGCUUGCCGCAAUACGCUAGUGAGAACGGAGCAUGCAAGGGCGCUACGGCAUCCGACGCAUCCAGCACCGUUGUCCCUCCUUCAUCUUCUGAAGUCACCAGCAGCAGCGAUGCUCCUUCUUCGUCAUCUUCAAGCGACGCUCCUUCUUCGUCAUCUUCAAGCGAUGCUCCCUCUUCGUCAUCUUCAAGCGAUGCUCCUUCUUCGUCAUCUUCAAGCGAGGCUCCUACAGACGACAAGAGCAGCACCACCACCGAGGAGAGCACCACCACCGAAGAGAGCACCACCACCGAGGAUAGCACCAGCGAGGAGACCACCACGACCAAACGUGGAGAGUAAUAAUAAUCCACUAAACCGCUGAACAUUCAUUCAAAGGCAAAAGCAAUACCAAUUAUGUAUUAAUA